CCCAAGGUACAGUAGCAGAGAGUCACGGUUGAUGCCGGCUGGGCGUCGUCUGGUCUCCAACCUGGAGCUGGGAGAUAGGGUUAGAGAGAGAGAGAGAGAGAGAGAGAGAGAGAGAGAGAGAGAGAGAGAGAGAGAGAGAGAGAGAGAGAGAGAGAGAGAGAGAGAAGGAGCAAGAGAGCGACAGGUGGACGAGUUGGCAUGUAAAGGUAAUGUCCGAUGUGGCGUGUGGCUUGGCUCUGCUCAAUGUUCAUGUGUUGAAGGACCUAGUACGUUAUUAGUCUCUGGGUUUCGGUCACAGACGGGACCACUGGGAUAGUGGGACACCUCGACACGCUGAGCCUGAUCGCAAAGAGAGUGAUCGUUUCCAUGUGUGAGAGAAGGGGAACCGAGGCUUAAUGUCAGCAUAGAGAGAGACGACCGACUGCGCCAACCAGAACCCACCCACCUCAAGGCCCCGCGAGAAGCCUGAGGAAUGGAUAGUCUUCUGACCCAGGGAGAGGGAGGGGGCGGCGGGGGCGAGGAGGACAAGUCCCGCGACAAGAACCUGGUCCCCAGCGAGCCGCGGGACACAGACAAGUGGACCAAGGAGCAGCAGAACCAGGAGGAGAAGGGCGAGGAGAAGGAGAAAGAGGCGGUGGACGGCAGCGACCGGGGCAGCCAGCGCGAGGGCAGCCGGCGCUCGCACACCGGCUCGUGGCGGGCCGGCGGCUGGGCGCUGGGCGAGCGCCUGGCCAUCAACGUGUCGGGCAUGCGCUACGAGACGCAGCUGCGCACCCUGGCCCAGUUCCCCGACACCCUGCUGGGCGACCCCAAGCGCCGGCUGCGCUACUACGACCCGCUGCGCGACGAGCUGUUCCUGGACCGCAGCCGCGUCUGCUUCGACGCCAUCCUAUUCUUCUACCAGUCGGGCGGGCGGCUGCGGCGCCCCGCCAACGUGCCGCUGGACGUGUUCAUGGAGGAGAUGCGCUUCUACCAGCUGGGGGAGGACACGCUGGCGCGCUUCAAGCAGGACGAGGGCUUCCCCAAGGUGGAGGAGCAGCCGCUGCCCGCCAACCCGCUGCAGCGCCGCCUCUGGAUGCUCUUCGAGUACCCCGAGUCGUCCGGGGGCGCGCGCAUCAUCGCCAUCAUCAGCGUCAUGGUGAUCGUGGUGUCCAUCCUCAUCUUCUGCCUGGAGACGCUGCCCGAGUUCAGGGCGGAGAAGGAGCUCAGAGAGCAAUUCACCACGAUCCCUCACCCCACCAUCCCCAACGCGACCAUCUCGGUGGCGCCCGAGUUCGCUCCGUUCCAGGACCCCUUCUUCAUCACGGAGACCGUGUGCAUCUGCUGGUUCUCCUUCGAGCUGGUGGUGCGGCUACUCUGCGCACCCAGCAAGGUGCACUUCUUCAAGGACGUCAUGAACACCAUCGACUUCUUCGCCAUCAUUCCCUACUUUGUGACGCUGGGCACAGAGCUGGCCAAGGACCGCGGCGACCCGCCCUCCGUCUCCCUGGCGCUGAUCCGGGUCAUCCGUCUGGUCAGGGUCUUCCGGAUCUUCAAGCUGUCCCGCCACUCCAAGGGGCUGCAGAUCCUGGGCCAGACGCUGAAGGCCAGCCUGCGCGAGCUGGCUCUGCUCAUCUUCUUCCUCUUCAUCGGCGUCAUCCUCUUCUCCAGCGCCGUGUACUUCGCCGAGGUGGACAACCCGAAAACAUCCUUCACCAGCAUCCCCGAGGCCUUCUGGUGGGCGGUGGUGUCCAUGACGACGGUGGGCUACGGCGACAUGUACCCGGAGACCGUGGGCGGCAAGCUGGUGGGCUCCAUGUGCGCCAUCGCCGGCGUGCUGACCAUCUCGCUGCCCGUGCCCGUCAUCGUGUCCAACUUCAGCUACUUCUACCACCGCGAGACGGAGUGCGUGGACACCGAGUCCGAGUUCAAGCACGUGGACACGGACGUGUGGGAGGGCGAGGGGGGGGAGGGGGAAGGCGGCGGCGGCGGCGGCGAGGGGGGCGGGGCCGAGGAGGCGGGGCACUCGGGAGACCAUCGCCCGCCGCCGUCGCACGAGGACAGCUGCCGGGGGCCGGGGGUGAACGGGAAGCUGCUGGCGGGCGUGUUCGCCGGGCCGGGCCGGGAGAGGGGGCUGAGGCUCUUCACCAGAGACGGCCCCAUGGUCACCCAGGUCUGAGGGGCCGGGCCGGGGCUGGCCCGGGGCCCCCCCGGGGGUGGGGCUCUUCAGCAGAGGGCAGAUGGUCCCCGAGGGCUGAGGGGUGCGGACGGGACACGGGUUUGGUGGGGUCGGAGCUGCGCGGCGCUCAGAGAGGCUUGUGACUCUCAGCGAUGUACCAGGUCUACCCCAGCGCAUUCUCUGUUCUAUGGCUUCCUGUGACCUGGUAAAUAGUGUACCCCCCCCCCCCCCCUUCCCGAUUGAGGAAAACAAGAACGGGACGACAGGAAGGAACCAUCGCGAAAGGAGAUGAAAUACGCAGGUAUUCGAGUAGUAUUUGACAAAGCAAUAAGCUGGAGACGGAAGUCCCGCCCUCUCUCUUGCCGCUAUACACAUUGAACUCUGAAGCAUGCGCGGAAGUCCCGCCCUCUCUCUCGCCAGUAACGCAAUCCGACGCCAGGGCCUCCGCUGUUGGAGGAGAUCGCCUUGGAAACGAGGGGACCGUCGAUGCCAAAACACCCACACAGGAGAACAACCGGGACUAGUCUGUUUAUAUGACAUCAUCGUCGACAUGCACUGAUCGUAACAUGUCACAUGACAAUAACAAUGAUGAAGCUACCGUAUGAAUACAGUAGGGGGAAUGUUAUUGUGUGUCUUAUCUUGUUUGUACAUCCAUCCUAUCCCCACUUUCGUAUGUGCUUUGAGUCCUUUUUGCGGAAUAAUGUUUGGCUAUUUUUUUUCUUGAAAUCACUUUUUGUAUACAUUGAACAGAUUAAAAUUUAUAUUUUGAACAGUGUGAA